UCUGUCUCCAAUCAAACCAAAUUCACUUUCUUGUUCUUUAAAUUCUAUUUUCCUGCUCUUUUUUCUUUGUCAGAAGACAUAACCAUGGUGCUCUCAAAAAUAGCUUCACAGUCUGAUGUCUCCGUCCACUCCACCUUCGCCUCUCGCUAUGUCCGGGAGUCGCUUCCAAGGUACAAGAUGGCGGAGAACUCCAUACCCAAGGAGGCUGCAUUCCAGAUCAUAAACGACGAGCUGAUGCUGGAUGGGAAGCCGAGAUUAAACUUGGCUUCCUUUGUGACUACUUGGAUGGAGCCUGAAUGUGAUAAGCUUAUGAUGGACGCUAUGAACAAGAACUAUGUUGAUAUGGAUGAGUACCCAGUCACCACUGAGCUUCAGAAUCGGUGUGUGAACAUGAUAGCACAUCUGUUCAAUGCUCCGCUGGGAGACUCAGAGGCGGCAGUGGGCGUCGGAACGGUGGGAUCUUCAGAGGCGAUAAUGCUUGCAGGACUUGCCUUCAAGAGAAAGUGGCAGAACAAGCGCAAGGCUGAAGGAAAACCAUAUGACAAGCCCAACAUUGUCACUGGUGCAAAUGUUCAGGUCUGCUGGGAGAAAUUUGCCAGGUACUUCGAGGUUGAGCUCAAGGAGGUGAAGCUAAGGGAAGGCUACUACGUGAUGGACCCUGAAAAAGCUGUGGAAAUGGUGGAUGAGAACACUAUCUGUGUAGCUGCCAUCUUGGGUUCCACCCUCAAUGGCGAAUUCGAAGACGUUAAGCUUCUGAAUGAUCUGUUGGUAGAGAAGAACAAAGUCACUGGGUGGGAUACUCCCAUUCAUGUGGAUGCAGCUAGUGGUGGAUUCAUUGCACCAUUCUUGUGGCCAGAACUUGAAUGGGACUUCAGGCUUCCAUUGGUGAAGAGCAUCAACGUUAGCGGCCACAAAUACGGGCUUGUCUAUGCCGGAGUUGGGUGGGUCAUAUGGAGGAGCAAAGAAGAUUUGCCUGAAGAGCUCAUCUUCCACAUUAACUACCUUGGAACUGAUCAACCCACUUUCACUCUCAAUUUCUCCAAAGGUUCUAGCCAAAUCAUUGCUCAGUACUAUCAACUGAUCCGCCUGGGCUACGAGGGAUACCGAAACGUGAUGGAGAAUUGUCACCAAAACGCUCAAGUCCUGAAACAGGGACUAGAGGAAACAGGACGAUUCAACAUUGUUUCAAAGGACAUUGGAGUUCCUCUGGUGGCAUUUUCACUCAAGGACAAUAGCCAACACAAUGAAUUUGAGAUAGCUGAAACGCUACGGCGUUUUGGGUGGAUUGUUCCUGCCUACACUAUGCCGGCGGAUGCUCAGCAUGUGACGGUGCUCCGAGUGGUUAUCAGAGAAGAUUUCUCAAGGACUCUGGCGGAGCGCCUUGUGCUUGAUAUUGUAAAGGUGCUUAAUGAGCUGGAUUCGCUGCCGGCGAAAAUCAAUGCUAAAAUGGCAGUAGUAGCUGAACAGAAGAAUGGUAAGCUGAUAAAGAAAACUGCGAUUGAGACCCAGAGGGAAAUCACCACCUACUGGAAAAAUUUUGUCAUGGCCAAUAAGAAUAACAAGAACACUAUCUGCUAAUAACUAGCUUAAAGCCUUCCAAUUUAGAAUUUACUCUAAAUUCUAAAUUUGAUCCUAUUUCUGAGUCUUCUAAAGUUAUGGCAACCCUGUAACAGUGUUUUUUUUUUAAUUGUUAUUAUUAUC